CCUGACAGACAUCCUGAACUUUACAGACAGAAAAUACCUGCUGUUAGGGAAUAAUGCUAAGGGACACUAUGAAAUCUUGGAAUGACAGCCAGUCAGAUCUGUGUAGCAGUGACCAAGAGGAGGAAGAGGAGAUGGUUUUUGGUGAAAAUGAAGAUGAUCUGGAGGAGAUGAUGGAUCUAAGCGACCUGCCUACCUCGCUCUUUGCGUGCAGCGUCCACGAAGCCGUGUUUGAGGUGCAAGAGCAGAAGGGGUUUUCUUUUUCCAUUCUCUUUUCCCUGCUGCUCCCCAACUCGCAGGAAAGAUUUGAAGCACUCUUCACCAUCUAUGACGACCAAGUUACGUUUCAAUUAUUCAAAAGCUUUCGAAGAGUCAGGAUAAAUUUCAGCAAGCCUGAAGCAGCUGCAAGAGCUCGAAUAGAACUCCAUGAAACAGACUUCAAUGGGCAGAAACUGAAGCUGUAUUUUGCACAGGUGCAGGUGUCCAGUGAAGCCCGGGACAAGUCGUACCUCCUGCCACCACAGCCUGCCAGACAGUUCCUCAUCUCACCGCCCGCCUCCCCACCCGUGGGCUGGAAGCAGAGUGAGGAUGCAAUGCCUGUUAUAAAUUACGAUUUACUCUGUGCUGUUUCCAAAUUGGGACCAGGAGAGAAAUACGAACUUCAUGCAGGAACUGAGUCGACACCUAGCGUGGUGGUUCAUGUCUGUGAAAGUGAAACAGAAGAGGAAGAAGAGACAAAAAACCCGAAACAGAAGAUUACCCAGACAAGGCGUCCCGAACCUCCAACCGCAGCACUGAACGAGCCCCGGACCUUCAACUGUACCCUUUGAGGCCCUUGGUUGUGGCACAGGGUGGCUGCCCUGGUGGCUGAAGCCCUGGAGAUCUGCCCUGCUGCUGAUGCGACACUGCUGACAGUGUAGGUGAGACUGAGCAGAGGUGCAGUGUUUUCACACCAUGCCUGUCCUGCAGACGGGGUAGUGUAGAGCAGCAGCUGAUUUUACCUGUUCAAAAUGUCAAGUGAUAUUCUAAAUGGCACUUGAAAUUCAAGGGUAAGCCCCCAAGAUGUGGCAACUCUUGACCAUUUUUAAACAGUAGGAAAUUAGGAAAAUGGCUCCCCUUGCCCAGGAAGUGCCAGUUCCUGCUUCGUAUGGAGUAGGGUAUCAAGAUCUGGAACUGCAGUCAUCACUGCAGUACUGUUUCCAUGAAUUUAAGUGUGGUCUUUCCAUUUUAAUAAUCUGGUGUGGGUAUUUUUGUACCGCUAUAAUAGCUUCUCACAUAUUGAUCAGAGGUGGUUAUUCAGUAUAAAUGAAACUGGGGGCAUGAAAAGAAACCUGAAAUAGAGAAUAAUUUCUAGAAAUAAUUUUUCUCAAGUGUUUGUUUCAUUAGUUUUGGGGAAGAAAUGCCAAAUCCACCUUGAUAUAUUAGAGUCCAGUGGCACAGAUCUGUGCAGAUUGGCCUCUUCCCUGUUCCUUCUUCUUGGAAGUUGGGGGAAGGUGACACGCAGGCCACCGUUCUAAUGCAGCAUCCCUGCAGACGUAGGCUGCCCAGGAAGGACCUGAGAAGUGGAACAUAUCACCAGGAAGCUUGAAGGAUGAUGACUUCAGGUGGCUAUUGCAUUCUGCCAUUUUGACCCUUAUGUAGCCUAUAGACCACCAAACGGUCUUCACUCACCAGUUUUUGUCCUGCUACCUUUUCCAAUAUUGUGUUAGCCACUAAUUCUUGAGCUUUUCUAUGCAAUUCAUAUGUUUGUGUAUGUCAUUUAUAGACUUUAAAUUAGAAAAGAUAGGCUGGGCACUGUGGCUCACACCUGUAAUCCCAGCACUU